CUUGUGAUGUUGUUAUCCGUUGUCAAGACACAUACGCGGAUUAGUAACUAUAUAAUUAUAUAUAUAUUAUAAUAAUAUAAUUAUAAUAGCGAUAUUAAUGAACAAAUUAAAAGUAAAAUUCAAACAAUGAGAUUUUUUUCUUGAAAAUAACAAUUUCUCUUCUUUAAUUGUGAGACCACGGAGUUUGGAAAUGAUGACUAGAUUUUUAGAUGUAAAUUUCCAUACGAACGUUUAGGAUUUGUAAUUUAAAGACUAGGGCGCCUGAAAGCUAUUAUUUGAGUUAACACACAAUUUUUAAACUUAUUUUAUCAUUAGUGAAAAGUGCGUGUCUUCUAGUCAUUCAGCUUUUUAUGAAAAAACACUAUCUUCGAAAAUUCUAACAAUAAGAACAGCGUAGUUACAGAAUUUUAUUAAAUAUUAUAAUCAUGAAUUUUAAAGAAAAUAUGGUCCCAGCAAAUAAAAGUGCGAUCAACGCCAAACCAUAUGGAAAAAUAGUAUUGACAUUACAGAAUUGUCUUUUGCCAGAAGAAAAACUUAAUUCAACACCAUCCCGAUUAGACGGAUUAGAUGCGGAAACUGAAACUGAUUUACGAAUAUUAGGAUGUGAACUUAUACAAACUGCUGGAAUAUUAUUGAAAUUACCACAGGUCGCGAUGGCUACUGGUCAAGUUAUAUUUCAAAGAUUUUAUUACAGCAAAUCCCUAGUGAGGCAUAAUAUGGAAACUACUGCCAUGGGUUGUGUUUGUUUAGCGAGCAAAAUUGAAGAGGCACCAAGAAGGAUCAGAGACGUAAUCAAUGUUUUCAAUCAUAUAAAACAAGUGUCGAGCCAGAAGCCGAUUCAGCCGGUAAUACUGGACCAAAACUACGUAGCUCUAAAAAAUCAAGUUAUUAAAUCUGAACGACGAGUUUUGAAAGAAUUAGGUUUUUGUGUUCACGUAAAACAUCCACAUAAGAUCAUCGUGAUGUAUUUACAAGUAUUGGGCUAUGAAAAAAAUCGAUCUCUUAUGCAGCAAUGUUGGAAUUACAUGAAUGAUUCACUACGUUCAGAUGUAUUUUUGCGUCAUCAACCAGAAACAGUUGCUUGUGCCUGUGUUUACUUAGGCGCCCGACAGCUUCAGCUCCCGUUGCCUACCCAGCCACCUUGGUUUGCUCUAUUUAAAGUAAAUGAAUCAGCAAUUAGAGAUGUUUGUCGACGUAUACUGAGGCUCUACACUCGACCACGUAUACGUUCGGAGCAAUUGGAAAAAAAAGUUGAAGAAUUACGGCGACAAUAUGAAGAAGCUCGAUCUAAAGCUCGUGGUGAUGUUGAAGGACAUACACCUAGUCCACCUCUUCCUAAACACCACAAUGCUUGGGGUGGAUUUAUAAGUCGAAGUGGAACACAUGCAGUUCCGGAAAGAGUUAAAUCUCCAAGGCGUUUGAAAUCAGUAACUAAUGCUUCAUCAUCUAUUCAACGAAGUGAAAUAACGAAACACAAUAAACGAAAAAAACAUUUGAGUAGAAGCAGAUCCCGAAGCCAUAGUCGUGGCCGUACCCGUAAAACAAAAAAAACACAACGUCAUAGGACUGGCAGUCAUAAGUCUCGUAGCAGAUAUAGAUCGCGUAGUUAAUUUUCAUUUUAUUUUUUGGGUUAUAAUCAAUGUCAUAGAUUGUUAUUACCGUUAAAAUAAGUAGCGUACAUUAUAAUAGUGAUAAAAUUAAUUAUGACUGUAAAAACUGUAUGAAUUUCCUACAUUUUAUAAAAAUUAGAAAUGUAA